UCAUGGCCACACCUCUUCUCGCCAUCAUUCCAACCAUCCCCCCCAUUCCUUCCCACCAACACCACACUCCUCAUCUCCUCUUCUCAUCAAUCGACAGCUCAAGCGCAGCCAUGAACGCAGCGCUACUGCAGCAAAUUCAACGUGCGUUCACCCCCCUCAGCUUCACUGACAAUCAGAGGGCAAGGGCCUGAAGAAGGCCCAGACCAACGAUCGUUCUGCUGUUCAAGGGGCAGGCGGUGUGAUCGGGGAGGGCGGCGCUGCCGCUGCUCCCAAGGCUGCCCCACCCCGUCCGCCCCCCGCAGCAUCCAACGAUGUCGCCCCCGACAACCCGGCCGCGCAGCUCGCCGGCCUCUUCGCUGGCGGCAUGCCCAAACUCAAGAAGACGGGCGGGCCUGGUGGAUCAGCUCCCAGCAGCGGCUUUGCGAGGCCUCCACCCAUCCCUGGCGCUGGCGGCCGUGGACCUCCGAAGCCCAGCGGCGCACCUCCCCCUCCGCCCGGCUCCUCGUCCGCUCCAUCGCGUGCCCCGCCUGCACCCCCACCCCCUCCUUCGGCGCCAGGUCGGGCUCCUCCGGCACCACCUGCACCACCUCGUCCUCCUCCUAGCGUGCCAGGACGAGCCCCUCCGCCGCCGCCCGCCCCGCCUGCCCCGUCCGCCCCAAGCCGUCACGUCCCUGCGGUCCCAGGCAGAGCUCCACCUGCUCCUCCUCCUCCGCCAGCAUCUUCGGCGCCGUCGCGUUUCCCCCCCGCACCUCCUCGCCCGCCUCCUGCGCCCCCCGCUCCUCCUCGCGCGCCACCAGCUCCCCCUCGUGCUCCUCCCCCUCCUCCCUCGCCACCGCGUGAGAUGUCCCCUCCUCCGGCACCCCCUGCUCCCCCACGCGCACCGCCUGCUCCCCCACGCGCACCGCCUGCUCCUCCCCGUGCGCCUCCCGCGAUCCCAGGUCGCAGCCCUGCGCCGCCACCUCCACCGCGUCCCACUGGAGCGGGAUCUCUUUCUGGGCGCGGUAUGCCUCCUCCCCCGCCGCGCCCGGGAACAUCGUCGCCAGCUCGCGCGAGCCCUGCUCCGCCUUCUCUGCCAAACCGCGCCCCGCCUGCUCUCCCAAGUCGCUCCGCCAGCACUCGGUCCGUGCCUCCUCCACCACCUCGUCCGGGAAGCACCGGCACGCCGCCUCCCAGAGCGCCUCCACCUCCACCGCGUCCGACUGGUGCACCGACUUUGCCUCCUCGCGCCCCAAUGCUUCCCCCGCGUGCGUCCCCGCAACCGCCGCGCUCGCCGUCGCCAGAGCCUCCCGCGCCCGCCCUUCCCCAGAGACCCCCUUCCAACUCUGUCUCUUCCGGUUCAGCAACGCCAGUGAGAUCGCUACCUCCCGGCCCGCCGCCCGCGCCGCGUAACUUGCCUCCUCCGUCGCGCGCCCACCCGCCUCCCUCCCGUUCCCCCGUUCCACCCCCAGUUUCCCGCCACGACGACAACUCCCCUCCCCCGCCCCCUAUGGGUCGUAGCCCGGCCGCCGCUGCCUUGGCUGCCGCUGGCAGACUGCGCUCUUCCAGCAACGCUUCAAACAACGAUGACGCACCUCCCCCUCCAAUGGGUCGUAGCCCCGCAGCCGCGGCGAUGGCAGCGGCCGGCCGUCUGCGCGCGCCGAGCAACCCACCUCCACCCGCUCCUGCGCGUGCGACCCCGCCGCCUCCUGUUUCGCCCCCGCCUCCGCCUCCUGGGCCAAGUCCGGCUUCGCGCCGCCCGCAGAGCACCUUCGCUCCGCCUCCCCCGCCUCCAGGCCUCUCGCCUGCUGCCAAACGGCCGGCGUCUGUGGCCGUCUCGCGCGACAUGAGCAGCAACGGCAUGGACGACGACGAAGUCCCGGAGCCGCCUGCUGUGCUUGGUCCUUGGACGUUUGCGAUGAAGGGCAUGUUCCCGCCGCCGCGUCCAUGGCACGGGGGUCAGAAGACGUAUGGCAGUGGCAAUGCGCACGGAGCAGGCAUUGGAUACAAGGUCUAGUCCUUGCCGUCAUGUAGCUAGCGGAAUUUCAACGGCACCGACGCAUGAGGCGAUGAAUAAAGUUGUGUUGGUAGGAGGUGGGAUGGAGGACGUUGCGGUGACCUGAGGAUUGCAAGUGAUUGAGGGCAUGAGCCCGAUGAGCUCGGCACUGACGCAUACUCGCAAUCGCCGACAGCUAGGUCCUCGACGGCAGCAUCACGAACUCGAGGGGUGAAGAGUCUGGCAAGAGUGCUAAGCUUGUGGGCAGUCUGCCCAUCACGCAGAGUAUUUCAGAAUGCUUGUGCCACACGCACGCUAUACUAGCCGGGGAUAAAACAGUUGUACAAGGAGAAAUACAUCGCAGCACCAAAAUUGGGAGUGACAUGCAGGUGCCUCCCGU